AUGGACUUAUUCACCCGCAAUCAGCACUACUCCGCCCUUCACCAGGAGAUGCUGCGGCUCAAAGACGAAUACGCGGUGCUGCAGAAGCGAAACACCGAGGCGGAGGAGCGCAACACGCAGCUGCACCAGCAGCGGGCGAAGCUGGAGGUGGCCGUCGAGCAGCUUGGACGAGAGGUGGGCCAGGGCCGCACAGCGCUCGACGCACUGCGCGCCAAGCUUGUGCGCAGGGAGGAAGAGCUGCAAUUCAGUCAGAGCCGCGUCGCCGAGAGUCUUGUCGCUAUCUCGCAGAAGGAGGCUGUCAUCAGCACGCUGCGACGCGAAUUGGGAAAGUGCGGGCAACUCCGCUACGGGUCUGCGUGCUGGCAAAGGGAUGGCGUACGCGAGGGUGAGGAGGAUGGGCAGUCGGAGGGCGGCAACGCACAUGCGUACACGGCCGACAUGCUUGGCCGCAUCGCCGCCGACGUGGAGGGACGCUCCCAAGAGGCGCGUAUGAAGCUGAAGAUGGCAGACCUCGAGGGACGCUUAUCACGCCUCAGCGAGGAAAGGGAUUCUAUUCUUUCUCAGCACACGCAGUACCGGCAGCACGUGCAGCUCACCUUGCAGACUUACGAGGCUGAGGCUAUGCUGCGCGAAGACACCCUGGCGCGACACGUGUGCGUGUACACACCGUACUUCACCGGCGAACAGGAGGAACUCUACAGCAAAGUGGUCAACCUUCAGACCGGGGUGGAGCUGACAACAGACCAGCGAGGCAAAGAUGGUGAAAUUGACGUGGCUGCCGGGGCUGAUGCGCCACCACCACUGCAGUCUUUUCGCGCUCUCACCUUCGAGAUCCGCCGUGCGAUGGAUCGCCUGUCAAAGAUGCACAUUGACGAGUCCAGUCGACUGCAGCAGGACCUCUCGCUCUGCGUUGACGCACAGCGCAUAUCUCUGCAGACCGGCGCUGAGCUGGUUGGGUUCCUCAGCGCUAUGGAGGAAGAGGUGUUGCAGCGUCGCUUGACGCUGCCGGAGGUGCGCGAGGAGUGGCGCAAGUCCAGAGUGCCUGAAUUCACUCAAGCCAUCGCGCAGUCGCUGCAAGAGAGCGCGAGGCGGUUGGGCAGAGGCCUGGUCGGCCUACUGCGGCAGGAGAACAACUUCGUAGAAGAGGUGGAGCAGGCGAGGGCAUUCCAGCAGGAGCAGAAGCGAAUGUCCACGGCCGGCGGCAAAGACCAGCAGCCACGGCACGGAGACCGAGCUGGUGGUACGUCGGGGCGGAACCGUUCUGAUCCAGCUGCGGGUUUCCGACCAGGAGGCCGUGACUCAUGUUUCGCGGCGCCGCCGGCGGGCGGGGCGGAGUGGCGAAAGGAGUCCCUCAAGGGUGCUGGUGCGGUCAAGGUGCCGUCUGCCUCGAUGACCGCGGUAGACGGGCAGGGCAGUGGCGUGGUUGAGACGAAGCAGCCGGCGGCAUUCACUACGUCAGCCAGGUCGUCUGCUACGGCCGGCGCGCAGAAUUUGCGGACGCCACCGCAACCCGCAGAGCAGUCAACCGCACCAACACCGCGGCCUACGGAGACCGGAGGCCCGCCCGCCACAUCUGAAACACAUGAAAACCGCGCCACUGGUGCCGCGGACAUGAGAGCGUCGCCAGAGAGCCAGUCGACGCCCACCAUCAGUGCACAGACUGAUGGCGACACCACCAACCAGGAGGGUGCUGCGGAGAUAGCUUCGGCGGCGGGGCCCACUGCUGAAGCUGGCCCAGAGGGCGCGAGUCAAUCCGCGCAAGAUGCCCUGGUUUCUCCCGCUACCCUGCUCACCACUACCCAACCUGGCGAUACGGCCGGUGCUGCAGAUCCGAUGACCACUGCUCCGCCCUCUGCCGUCCUUGCUACCCCAUCACCGAGGGAUCCGCCUAACAAGACGAAUAGCCCCUCAACCGUGGCGGAGCAGAAGAUGGCGGGCGGAAUGGGCACAUUGCCUGCUGUAUCCAGCGUGGUGGUGUGCCCGCACUGUGAGCAUGAGGUACUUUUUAACGUUGGAGCUGGUGAGCCAUUGCCAAUCCCUGCGGACAGCAGCAGCAGCGGCGGCGGCGACACACGGGGCUCGCUUGCAGCGCCCAACGCCGCUGCUGCCGCAUCGCACGAGCCCAGCUAUAAUGCGAGCUUGGCCUCAGCCUCACUUGCAGGUGAGGUCGCGGUGCCUCCUACUAAGUCUGGUGAAUCGGCCUGUGCGGCGCAGGGUAGCGGAGUGACUGCGGCCACCAAUACGCAGCGCGGUGGAACUCGGCGCACUAACUCUACCGCAGUGACCAAGCCGAAGGACAAGAAGAAUCCCGGCAGCCCUAGCGGCACAGCCAAGGCAAGCAGUAAGAGGACCAAGAAGCACUCGCUCACGGGCAGCCGCGACGCCUCCUCGUCCCCGGCACCGUCCCCGAUGGCUUCCGCUAACCAUUCACAGUCACCCGGCACCAGAACUUCGGGCAAGCACUCGAGUCCCAAGAGCGCACCGCCCGAACUCGCGCACGGCGAGCAGCAGAUCAACCUGGAGCGUGGCAGCUUUUCCAUCGGUGUGAGCACCUCUCAGACACUCUUGCACUCACACCACACUAUGGACGACGUUGGCAGCUUCGCCGCCGAGUUGGAAUUGGCGCUGUCUGAUUGCCAAGACCGCCUCAAGGAUGCAUCGGAGGAGCUGCAGGAGAUGCGGGCGGCGAAUGCCGCGCUGCAUGUCCAACUCGCCGCUGCUCUUGCCGCUGCUGCGGCGAGUGCACUAGCACCGGGGUCGUCGACGUCUCCUGGCGCUGGGGGCGCCAAGGGGAUGAGCGGCAGCUCAGGUGCUACCGGCCCCGGUGACGCCGACGAAGUCACCGUCCCCGUCAACCACGAGUCGUGCCAAGGCGGCGGCUUUGCUUCAACAGCGCCGCCGCCGCGCCCGUCUCCGUAUGCAGGUAUGCAGAAGUAUGAGGUAGCGAACAGCGACGGUCCCGCCAGCGCCUCGACUCCUGGGGCAGCAGCUGGCGGUAAAGGCGGGCGCGCUGAGGAGGAGCACAGCAACGCCGUUUCUUACCAUCACACACCCAACCUACCAUCAAUCGCAGCUUCGCCAGCAGCACAUUCCCUUCUUGCUGGUUGCCGCGGUACACACGAGGGCGAAGAACUAGGCACCACUGACAGCACUUCGGCGCCUACCAUCGCUGCAGCGGGAGGAUCUCAGUCGACGACGCGGCUGCAGCAGUCUUGCAGUAGCGCUUCAAGGGUGAAGCACAACUUCACUGGGAGUUCUGGGACGAUGGACGACGGCGCAGAACAGAGCCACGGCGACAGCGCAGCCAGCGGAGCAACAUCCACUCACAACAACAUCAGUGCACCGUGGCGUGAGCGGCUAUUGUUAUCCGUGUCACCCCCGCUGCAGUCGCGUUACUCAAAGCGAGUCGGCGGUGGUCUUGCGGCCGCGGCCGUUACGCCGCUACAGACCAGCAGUACAUCGCCGCCGACGCUGGUGUGGGGUUCCGUACUCCCACCUGUGCUGAACCAUCGCCCCCAUGCACUUACAGGGGGCGCGGCCUCAAACACAAGCGCGACCGGCGCUGCUGCCGUGCACCGCGCCAACGCCACUUCGGCAUCCAUUCCCCACAAGAUGCAAACACUGGGGCUAAUGAUCACCAACUCGCGCGGCCCCUAUGCCCCUGCGAAGCAGCCGGAAAGAGUCGAACCAGGCGCGUAUGCAAGCGCUACCACCAAGGGCAAUGGCGACAGCUACACAAACCGCGCCGAUGUCCACUCCAUCAGCUUCAAGCAAGGCCCAGCGUCACCGCCCUCACUCGCGGAUGGACUUUGCGUGGGGGUCUUCCCAUUACUGCCACCGCUUUCCCCCUCGCAGGUGCCGUCGCAGCUGGACCAGUGGAAUUCUCGUGUGCCCUUUACAAGACGCGGGCGUCCGCCGACGUCGGGCGCGAACUACUCCUCCUCUAUACCCAUGUCGGUUCUGCCCACUGUCGCGGUACCCGGGACUACACACCUGCCCCACAGCGUCGCCACUGUCCCCGCUACGUCUCCUGCUGCUGUGCCCGGGUUGUCGGUGUGGGGGUCGCCCAUUCUCUCUUUGAACCCGCCCAGCUUCUCCUGUUCCACGGCGAUGUCGCCACAGUCUGUAUCCGUGGAACCUCCCAGUCCUAACUCGGGCGCUGUCACCACUGCUGUCACUGCCGCGGCUCAGGCUGAGGGCAGUUCUCAGGCGCAUUCCUUCACGAACGCCACGCAUGCACCGGCGGCGACGACGGCGCUGAGCAAGCGUCAGCGACUGAAGAAUGCCUAUCAGCAACUUCGCUUUUGCCUGAGCCAAGGCGUCUCGCCGCUCUACAGUGGCUGCGGCGACCCGCAGCCUUUUCAGGUGGCGAAGACUGUGCGUAGUGCGCAGGUUCCCGCGCGGCGGCUCGGCGGUGCGUGGUACUCGACCCACAGCAGCACCGGCCCCAGGGGUGGGCUGCAGAAGGUGAUGACAAGGCCGAUGCGUGGUACGUGGUUGCGUGGUCGCUUGUACGAGGCACCCAUCUUCGCGUCGCCUGCCAGCGUGCCCAUGAGGGACACAAACCUCGACUUUGACGUUAUUGUGGGAGGGCACAGUGUCGUUCCCUACCUCAGUGCUCCCUACACCCCCUCUGGGCAUCUGGUGGCACGCCCAUGGCAGGAAGCGCCGACUCAGCCACUGCAGCUCACUAGUGGCGCCGCCGUCCCACCGGUGCUCACGUACUUGGCAACGCCUAGUGAGAAGCGGCGCCGGUGGUCGUGUAAUCGGUUCGACCAGAGGAGGUAUGACCCUUUCGCCCUCUCGGCAGCUAGCAGGAUGGACGCGAUGGCGCCUUGUCUGCGUCAGCGCAUGCCACGCACGUGGCAGCAGCAGAAACAGCGGGACAUCCGGCAGUCGGGUAGCGUUGCCACCUCCGGCACUCUUGCCCGCGCUCCGUACGCUCCCGUCAAGGCACGGGUGGUGUGGUCAGCGGGAGGCCAGCGAGCGCAGCUGCUACCAAUCACGCUUGCCCAGAGUCGUGCUGCGCAGCUUGCCCAGUUCCAGUUUGCCGCUCCCUCUGCAGGGAAAUUACCGGUCUCUGACCUCGUGACCCCUCUCUUUGCGCUUUCGGGCAAGCGUCGCCGCUGCUCUUGUAGAGUGCAGCACUGGGCAAAGCGCGACCCUAUGCAGCGAGCUGUGAAGCGCACAGUCUAUACAGUGAGCGCCGCUAGCCUCCCGCUUGGGCGCCUGCGAGAAGAGGCGCUUGAUAGCUCUCGUCUGCAGAACGUGCACACGCCUUUACUCCCGCCCUAUCACGAGCAGUAG